UAUCGUGAAUCAGUUGAUUAUAAAGAUGAAUUCAGUCACUGAUGAAGAGAUGAUGGAGAAACUACGAGUCACUGAAUCAAAUGCUGCUUGAAAUGAUUCAGUGACUCGAAUCAGCGCGCGCUGACAGCAUCUGCUGCUCAAAACAACAAACACAAACAAUGACAACUUUUACAAACAAUGUCAAAUAUUUUUUAUGAAAGUUGAAUCUUUUAAAUGUGAUCUACAAAUUAAUAUAUUGAGAUGCACCCAGAGAUUUAGAUUGCAUUUAUUUUUCUUUCUGUUAAUUAUUCUCAUCUUAAACAGGAGAAAGCGUCCAAACACACAGAAAAACUCCUGAAGAAACAGCCGAGAUCCACGCGACACACUAUUAUAAAGAUGGCGUUUAUUAAAGAGGAGAGUGAAGAUGUGGAGAUUGAAGAAACAUUCAGAGUCAAACAUGAAGAUACUGAGGAAGACAUGAUGGUGCUGAAAGAGGAAAGUGGAGAACUAAAUAACAUGCAAGAUAAAAAUCAGUAUAAGAAACAUGAUUUCAUAACUGGACAAAAAUCAUUUAGUUGUUCACAGACUGAAAAAACUUCCUCACAAAAAAGAGCUCAAAACACUGGAUCUAGAGGUCAUUUCACCUGCCAAGAGUGUGGACAGAGUUUUGAUCAACGAGGAAACCUUAAAAUCCACAUGAGGAUUCACACUGGAGAGAGGCCUUACACCUGUGAACUGUGUGGAUAUAGUUUCAAUCGAAAAGAAAGCCUUACUAGGCACAUGAAGAUUCACACUGGAAAGAAGCCAUACACCUGCAAACUGUGUGGAAAUAGUUUCAUUCAAAAAGGAGACCUUAAAAGCCACAUGAGAAUCCACACUGGAGAGCACACUUACACCUGUCCUCAAUGUGGAAGGAGUUUUACACACAGACAAACUCUUAAUGCCCACAUAAGAAUUCACACAGGAGAGAAGCCUUUUACCUGCCAACAGUGUGGAAAGAGUUUCACUCAAAUUGGAAACCUUAAAGUCCACAAGAGGAUUCACGAUGGAGAGAAGCCUUUUGUUUGUCAACAGUGUGGAAAAUGUUUCAUUGAACAUGGUAAUCUUAAAGUUCACAUGAGGAUUCACACUGGAGAGAAGCCUUUCACCUGUCAACAGUGUGGAAAAUGUUUUUCAGUAAAAGGAACCCUUAAAAGCCACACGAGUGUCCACACCGGUGAGAAGCCUUACACGUGCUCUCAGUGUGGAAUCAGUUUCACUCAGCAAGGAAGCUUUAAAAGGCACCUGAGAAUUCACACCAGAGAGAAGCUAUACACCUGCUAAUUCAAACCGAGGGGGCACGUGCUCCCUCAGAUUUUUGAACCAAGUGGAUUUCUUCCAAAAGUCAAAAAAAUAGCAGAAUGUUUUUUAUAUUUGAUACAAUCACACCGGUGUGAUCAGAACGUUCAGUGUGUUCACAAGAUUUUAAAGAGAGAAUCACCAGAGACAGAUGUGUUUUUACAGUGCCUCGCGUUAUAACCAGUCACAUGAUUCUGUUAAGUUUAUGAAUGUAUUGGCCAGUCAGAGUCCUCACCGAAACACUGGUGUUUUGUUCAGUGAACGUACUCACUGACUUAAUUCUGCUCUAUUCUCUCAUCAGAAACAACAAAGUGCAUACGAUGUAAGCAAGAGAUUCAUUUCACAAUGUAAACAGCUUCGAUGAUUAUAAUGGGAGUUUUUGAGAGUGCUUGACUGAAGUCAGUGAUAAUGUUCUUUGAUAAUGUAAUGAACAGGAACAUGAACAGUUGCUAGUGAGAAGAUGUUGCACACAUUCAACAGAGGUUUCCUGCCUUUCCCUUUAUAGACAGAUUUCUCCAGAUUUCCUGAAUCUUUUCACAGUACAGUAGGUGGUGAAAGACCUAUAGGUAUUCUUUAAAAUCUUGCAUUGAGAAGUUAGAAACUUUUGCAUGGUUUGAAUAUUAUUACAUUGUCAGAAAGUGGUAAGCCACGAUCCAUCUUUGCUUAUGAAGACUGGGACUGUGGUGGAUGCCUGUUUAUUUACCAAAUCAUAAUGCCAUCACCUAUUACCAGGUCACCUGCUUAUUUUGAAAUGUUUCAAAACUGGGAUAAUAAUCUAUAAUUAUGUAACUUUGAUUUUGUUUCUGUCCCAACAUUUUUCUUUGUAGUUCUGUCAGUAAAAUAAAGGUUCAAAUUAGUUUUUUAAAUCACAGUUUCUUGUUUUUAUUGCAUUUUACAAAAUGUACCAACAAAUAUCUUCUGCUGAAUGCAAAAGAAGAUAUUUUGAAUAAUGUGGGCAACCAAACAGUUUCUGGUUCCCAUUGACUUGCUUUGUAUUUUUGUCCAUACUGUUGGCAAAAAUAUUUCCUCAGAAAUAUUUUCUUUGCAUUCAGCAGAAGAAAGGAACUUACAGGUUUGGAACAAUUUGAUGGUGAGUAAAUGAUGACAGAAUUUUCCUUUUUGGGGUAACUGUCCUUUUAAUGCGCAGUCUACACUUUUGCGCUCUGUUCACUCCUAUUCCAUACUCUCCUGCAAAUCUGUAUGACAAGAAGAAACAUGACGAACAGGAGAUAAUAGGAGGCUUAAUACGAAAACCUUUCAAAGUUGCAUAUUUUCAUUGUAAUGGUAAAGCAAAGUAUAUUUUAAUAUUUUGUAUAUUAUUUUGUAAUUUUUUUUAUUAUAACCUUACAAACCCUCACACAUUCUAUGUGACUCUGGCUUUAAUAAAUCACUUCAGGGCUCAGGAGAUCUACCUUUGUUUAGCAUCUUUUGUAUGGUAACACCCAUAUAGAGUCUGCAGAUGCUCCAAGAAUAACUGAUUAUUCAAUAAUGAACUUUAAUCUAGCAAAGUUGUUCUUUGACAUUAUUUUUUACCAGCAAGUCAUGGCAUGAUAUAAAAAGAUGUUUGGUGACCACUGCAAACAGUUGUUAACACAGGAACCAGUUUUAGAACCAAUGAAGUGCUAAAAAAUGAAAAUGGUUUUCUACAUUUUGCGCUUAGACCUGUAAGAGGUUUGUGAAGAGGGUGGGCUAUUCUGUGGCUCACGUCCCACCUCUUCAGCUGUGAUCCUCACAAUGUAGUGCUGUUUAGGGAAGAUGGCCAGUAUUGCCUCUCGCGUUCCCACUUCUUAAUAUGUUGUCUUAAAGGUGACCUAUUAUGCCAUUUUUACAAGAUGUUAUAUAAGUCUCUGAUGUCCCCAGAGUGUGUAUGUAAAGUUUUAGCUCAAAAUAUCCUACAGAUAAUUUUUUUUAUAGCUUGUUAAAAUUGCCACUUUUUGGGUAUGAGCCAAAACGCGGCGUUUUCGUGUCUUUCCCUUUAAAUGCAAAUGAACUGGUGCUCCUGGAAAAAAGGGUGGAGUUUCAAAAGCUAGUUUUGUCAAAACCGGCACCAAAUUGAAACAGGUCACUGGAUGACACAAUUUUUAAACUCAGACAGUUUAUAACAAACUGGCUACAUGUUUUCUUUUCAGAUUUACUGAGCUGGCAGGCACAGCAGAAACUAAAUGCAAAAGAAUCUACAAAAGUAAAAUUUAAUCCAAUGUCACUUUUAACCCUCUGGGGUCGACAAACGCAGAUGUAUAUAUACAGAUGUUCCUGAUAUUAACAUGCUCACAAAUGUUUUUUUUUUUUUUUUUGUAUUUUAUUGAAUCAGAUACCAGCACCAGAUGAAUCCUGAUGUCUCUUCAAACUGGUUUCCUCUGAGAGCGCUGCACCAACAUCAGAUGUUCAACUACACUGAUAUUCUGUGUUAAAACAAGCUCCUUUUCUACUGAUUAUGUUUUUUUCUUCUUGAAUCCAUGGAAAGAUGCAGAAACACUUAAAUAACACACGUAAAUAUCAGGUAUGAUUUACUUGUUGAACAGAAUCUGUUGCAGGAAUGACUCAAAGUCUGUUCACAUCUCUGUGGUUAGAUCAGUGUGCACAAUAAUGUGUCUUUGACCUUCAUUAUGUAUGUUUUGAUUAUACUGUGUCGUAAAUAAAAUACAAAUAAUUUAAAAAAAAAAACCUUUUUUUCAAUCUCCUCACAUUCUCUCUUACCUGCCUCACAGUCACAGUCACACUGAUGGGCCAUUAGGGGCCCAUAGGGGAGGGCCCUUUGUCUCUCAGGUGAGACUCACUUAAUAUUCAUGGCCAUUGCCACUCCCUCGCAUAUAGACCCUCGAUCACAAAACAUGUCUUGAAAAUUUUAAAUCAAUAUAUUGUUUUCUGUGAAUGAGUAAGCAGAAUGAUUUUCACAUAAUUUUGAAGUAAAUAUUCUAGCCUACAAGACUGAUUACUCAAAAGUCUUGUUCAGGACUAUUUAG